UCAAAUCAAAAUGGCGGAUUUAAACGUAAACAUACUUUCCCGGUUUACAAAGCUCCCAGACAGGAAUCAAGCGACUGUUUUGUUUGUUGGGGUGAAGGGUGUCGGAAAGCACCGAUUAGCAAGAUCUAUGCUUGGUAUUCAUGCGGAUUUCUCGGUUCAGAUUCGAGUUGCAACAAGUCUUCCUUUGCCUGAGGAUGCUGAAAAUAAAAGACCCAGAAUCGAUUUCGUUGUGCUGUUUAUUGAUCUAACUAAUACUCUGAGCUUGGAGACAAUAAGAUCAUCCGUGAAGCAUCUAGACAUUGAUUACUUCCUGGGACACUGUUGCUUUGUUGUGACACAAGCUAAAAAUGAAGCCUUGCAUGCAUUCAGUAUCCAGGAGGUAACAAGUCUUGCAGACAGUUAUGACUCACCUUUAAUUUGUGCUGACAUGGAGAAAGAGGAAGACAGGAAAUUCUUGUCAAGAAAACUUCUUCACCUUCUUGAAGUAUCAUGUGGAUUUUCUGCUGAUGUAACAACAUUAUUACUGGACACAACAAGGAAAUCAUUUGUGUUUGAGGAUGAACUAAAUGACACAAUGGAGUAAUUUUGCCAAAAAAAAAGGAAAAAAAAACUGACGUGUUGUUCACCAACUUCCAGCUGACUGUAGCUAAAUGCCUGUAAGACUGAAAUAGAUUAGAAAUGCAGGCUACAUAUACUGUCUGCUCUGCUUUAUUGUGAAAUUCAGAAAAAUUUAACACAAGAAACUUUAUUUAAUGGUGUGUCAUUGCCUUCUGAGGGAAAAAACAAUCCAAUAGAAGUGAGCAUGAAACUGAUUUACAGGCAACAAUGAUAGCUAUUUUCAGAGGUUUCAACUAAAGCCAGUUUCUAGUGGUCAACUGAACCCUGUAAGACCUGUCACCACUGUCUCUUUUGUUGGGGUUUUGCCUUACUUUAAAUCAAUCUGUUCACAAUAAAAUUGGCUUGAGCAAUACCAGUAAGUUAUUAAAUUUCCUUCUAUCCACCAUUAAAUUGCAAAAAAACAUGUUUGAGGCAAGCUAAAAGUGGUGAAAGUAAACCCUAUUGCUUUAGAAGCUACAAUGUAUUACAUGGUAUUCUAU